AUGGCGAGCGCUGGCAGUGGCACCAGGGCCACGGCGGCGGCGCUGCUCUUCUCCUUCUCCGCCAUCCUCUUCGUCUUGCUCCUCCUCCAGGCACCGGCGGCACCGGGCCUCGCCGCCGCCGACCUCCUGCUCCUGGUCUCCGCGCUCGACCGCCUCCUCGACGGGCGCGGCCUGCUGGAGGUGCUGGCCACGCGCAGGAACAUGAUCCUGCUCUGCCACGCCAUCCUCCUCCUCAUCCUCAGGGACGCCGGGGUCCUCGGCACGCCCGACCGCCGUCGCAGCCGCAGCGGUUGCCCGCCGGGCGAGGCAACCGCCGCCGUCGCCGCCGGUGGCACAGAAAUCAUCGCCUGCUCCGCCAAUCCGGCUCGGCCCCACGCCACAAGGAGCGCCGUCGUCGCACAGACCGCGUGCUCCGCCGUUCCGGUUCCUGCUCGGCCCCACGCCACCAGGAGCGCCGUCGUGUGGCGCCGGCGGCCGCGGAACAGGGCCGCCGAGCCCAUGCACGAUGGUGCUGCGGCUGCCCGUCGUCUCGUCGAGUGCCAGCCGGCGGUGGAAUCGCCCAGGAAUGACGAGGACCUGCUCGAUCGCCAUGAUCGCACGGCUAUCGUUGAACAAGUUGAGCAUCCCACAGCGAUCGCCGUGGACGGCGUGAGGGACUGUGACGACCGAAGCGUCAUCGCCGUUGCCAACGACGAGAAGCUCGUGUACACGGCGCGGGAGCAGCAGAUGGCGGGAAUGGAAAUGGAACUAGCCGACGACAGGACGUUCGAGGAGUUCAUCAAGAGCCAGAGAAGGAAGAUGCGGCAGGAGAGCCUCCACUACCAGGCGAUAGCAGCAUGUGAUUAG